AUGUCAGUAAAAGAUUAUAUGAGCAGUUCUCAUGCAAAUUGGGAAAAUAUCCAAAUUGACUCAUUUACAAGUUGGAUAAAUCAACAUCUUUCAGAAAGAGGAUUAAGUGUUAAGGAUCUAUCAGUCGAUUUUCAAGAUGGUGUUUUAUUAAUAAAUUUAUUAGAAAUUCUUUCAGGCAAAAAGAUACCACGUUAUGUCAGAUCACCAAAAUUCCUUCAACAUAAAAUUGAUAAUAUUAUGAUUGCAUUUGGGUUUAUGGAAAAAAUUUUUGAUAUCAAAGUAUUUGGUUGUAACGCUAAAGAUAUUGUCGAUGGUAAUUUAAAGCAAACUAUGGGUGUAAUAUUUCUUUUAAUUCAAAAAAUAAAAGUAAAUUUACAUUUAGAUCAUUUACAACAAGAGAGUGGUUCUACUUCACCAACCCCAGAUGGUGCUUCAUCUAAUGCUCCAUCUACUACCGGUGCUGCCAAAUCAGGUUCAAAAUUAUUUUAUAGAGCUAGUCUUGCUACUAAUGCAGUUAAUAGAUUUUCCCAUAUUACCCCAAAUAGAGAAAAUAAAGAAAAUAUUUCAACAACAUCCACAACACCAGCACCUUCAUCAACAACCACAUCAACACCUUCAUCAACAGUCAGUACUACUCCAUCAUCUACAAUACCAGUUACAAAUGAAAAUAAUGUUCCAACUGUUUCAACAAAUGUGCCAACCAAUAACAAUAUUGCACCAGCUAGUAAUGGUAUUAGAAUUUUACCAACUACAGGGGUAUCAGUCAGUACAAUUAGAUCUAAAUUUUUAAUUGAUGAAAAACAUAAUACAUUCUCACCAUCAUCUUCAUCAUCACAAACCGAAAAAGUUUUAAAGAGAACCGAAUCUGGUCACGUAAUUUCGGGUGGUCUCUCAUUAAGUGGUUCAUUUGAUAGACAUGAUCCAUUGACUAGAUCUGUUAGUCUUAUCGAAAUCAAAUUAAAUGAUCAUCAAACUAAAUUUUACGACUUAAAGAAAAUUAUUUUCAUGCAAGCUCACAUUCGUGGUUUCUUAAUCCGUUUAAGAUGGAAGGAGCUUCUUAGAAGAUACCGUACUAAAUUAACUCAAUUCAAACAACAUUUCGAAGGAAAUUCAAAGGCUCACAAGGGUUUAUUAAAAGCCCAAGCUUCCAUUAGAGGUAAAAUUCAAAGAAAGAAACUCUUCAAAAUGUUCCCACUCUAUCGUAGAAAUGAAAUUGUUAAAGAAAUUAUUUCGACUGAAGAUAAAUAUGUACAUUCAUUAGCUACUGUUACUACUCAAUACCUCAAACCAUCUGAAGCUUUCUUAACCACCCAACAAGUUAGAAGCAUUUUCUCACAAAUUGAAAUUAUCUAUCGUUACAAUAGUUUAAUCUUGGAAAAACUUCAAAACAGAAAUAAAAUUUGGUAUUCAUCUGGUCAAAAAAUUGGUGAUAUUUUCAUCGAAAUGUCAGAGUUCCUUAAAGUCUAUACCAUCUAUGUAAAUAACUAUAACAAUUCAAUUCAAACCAUCACCGAAUGUAUGGAAAAUCAAAAAUUUGCUGCAUUAUUAGAUAAAAAUCGUAAUCAAUUGAAUUUAGAUCUUUCAGCCUUUUUAAUUAUGCCAAUUCAAAGAUUACCUCGUUAUAUUUUACUUUUACAAGAUCUUUUAAAGAAUACCAAAGAAACUCAUACCGAUUAUAAUGACCUCUCAAUUGCAUUAAAGAAAAUGAAGGAUGUUGCAGAGUAUGUAAAUGAAAAGAAAAGAGAAGCCGAAAAUCUUAAUCAAGUAUUAAAUAUUCAAUCUAGUCUUACUGGUAAAUUUAAUAAUUUAGCAGAGCCACAUAGAAGAUAUGUUAAAAAAGGUACUCUUAUUUCAAAUGAUAAAAUCUACCUUUACUUCCUCUUCAACGAUCUUUUAGUUAAAACCGAAAACAAAGCAGUUACCAAAAUUCGUGAUAGUGCACGUUUAAGUAGUAGCAGUGGGGGCAAUAGUAAAGGCACCUUUACAUUUAACCCAAAAGAAAUUGUAUCUGAAGGUAAAUCAAAAUAUUUAAAUUCAUUCUUUUUAGCAGGAAGUUCAUUGGUCGAUAAUAACCCAGAUGGUUUUACCUUUCAAAUUAUUGGUGUUGGUGAUGCAAACGAAUUAAAUAAUAACGAUAGUUCACCAACUCUUUCUUUCUCUCCAUUUUCAACCUCUGUUAGUAAUAUCUCCUCAACUCCAAUGUCUCCAUCACCACUUUUAAGUGCCGGUAGUAUUCCAACCACAUCGAUUAGUUUAGAGGCUCUUUCACUUAACGAAAAAAUGACAUGGAUGGGUGAAUUGGAUGAAUGUAUUUACCAAUUAUUAGAAAAAACAAGAAGCAAAAAAAGAUCACUUAUUACCGAUGUUGAAGAAUUAACUACUCUUCCUUACGAUACAAAUGUUGUUAAAGAUAAUGAAUUUUCAAAUGUUUUAGAAAAGAAACAUAGUGAAAUCUCCUGGAGAGCAAAGAAGUUUUAUUUAAAGAAUACCCACCUCUACUACCAUCGUAUUCCAUCAAGCGAAAAAGAACCAACCAAAAUUAAAUGUAUAAACUUAAUUCUUUGUUCAGUCAAAUUGGCUCAGGUUGUUGAUCAUCCACAUUGCUUCCAAUUAAUUACACCAUCAAGAAUUUACUUUUUCUCAUGCUCUGACUCUACAAAUUUAUUCCAAUGGAUUUCAUCUAUUAGAUUAUCAAUUAAAAAGAAAUUAGAAUCAUUAAAAGAGGAGGACACUAUUUCUGCUUCAUUAUCUGUAAGCUUUGGUGGCUCAGGUAGUGCUUUUAAUCCACUUUCAAGCCACCCACCACAAAAAAAUCUUGAGCUUCAACAUAGUUUAAGUUCAUCUUUAAACUCAACUCCUACAGUUUCAUCACCUACCAUUUCAUCACCAAGCUCAGCCACAACAAUUGCUUCACAGGAAUCAAUUUUAAAUAUAGCAGGAAAUAACUUAUGUGCUGAAUGUGGAGCAUGCGAUCCAAGUUGGGUAUCAAUCAAUUAUGGUGUUGUAGUUUGUUUAGAUUGUUCUUCAAUUCAUAAAAAUUUACCAGAUAACAAUGUAAAGUCAGUAAGAUCACUUUCAGUAGCUUUCUCGGAUAUCGUAAAGAAACAAGAGGGUAAUACUAAAGCCAAUAGUAGAUAUGAAAGAAAUAUACCAACAAAUAUUGUAAAACCAAACCCAAAAGAUAACUAUGAAACCAAAUUAACUUGGAUUAAAGCAAAAUAUUUAACUCAAACCCCAUCAUCUGAUAACUUAGCCUCAAUUCAAAUUACUUCAGAUUCACCAAGUUUAAAUCCCUCAUCACCACAAAAAGAUGAAAAUGUAAAAUUAGAAAGUAUAAGCGGUAGAAAUACUCCAUCAAUUGAAAUUAAUAAUGAUAAUAGUAAUAAUAAUAAUAUAGACAAUACUAGUAAUAAUAAUGAUAGACCAAUUACACCAACCCCUGUCGCAUCAAAUAUCAAUAAUGAAAGACCAACAACACCAAAAGAAGAGGUUAUUGAAGGUUUAAAUUUAAAGAGUGGAACCGAUACAUCAAAUGGUAAAGGUACAUGGAGAAGUGGUAAUCAUCACAGCGAAAGAAAGGCAAGCUUUUUAGAUAAACCAAGUAGAGUCCCACCACAAAAAAGAGAACACGAAGGUUACCUCUAUAAAACCAGUAGACCUACUUCAAAAGAUGCAGGUGAUUGGAAAAAAUAUUUAUUCAUCUUUAAAGACGAUGUAAUUACAUAUUACAAAGUUUCAAAGAAAAAUAAGAAAAAAGAAAAGGGUAUCAUCGAUCUUUUCCAUUCAGUAAAACAAGAAUUUGACCGUCCAAAGCAAAAAUACUCAUUUACUUUAAUUACUUCACAAAGAUUAUAUUUCUUAGCUGCCGAAACUGAAGAAGAAAUGAAAUCUUGGUUGGAUGUCCUUAAUUCUGCAAUUAAACCAUAAAUAAAAAAGUUAUAAAUUAUAAAAAUU